AUGAGGCCAAACCACCAGCCAUAUAGACCGCAUCCCAAUGCUCGAGGCGGUCCAAACAUGAACCCUCGAUACAACAAUACCCAGCAACGACCAUACAGUGGCUAUCCAAACCCUCCUCAUCAGCACCGGCAUCAAAACCAUCACCAACACCAACACCAGCAUCAGCAUCAGCACCAGCACCAACACCAGCACCAGCAGCCCGGAUCGAGCCCCGCGCUCUCCCACACGAACCCGGCUACUCCUCAGAUGGCUCCCGUGCCCCUGACAAACCCGCAGAUGCAGGCCCAGCAGUAUGGUGCUUAUCCGCAGCCCAUGGCAGCUCAACAAGUAAUUCAACAUCCUUUCCCUCCUCGUCCUCCUUCUACCAAGUCUCACAGCAAACGCCGCUCUUCUUAUCAAAAAAAGCACUAUUCUUCCUCCCAUUAUACACCUGCUCCUCCCUAUCAUCACUACCCCCAUCACAAUGCCCCGAUUCCUCUUCCUACUCCACCACUACCACCACCUCCUCCUCCCCAACUGACCAAUCAAUCAUAUCAACCCCCUUCUUAUGACCCUCCAUCUCUCCCUUCUCAACCACUACCACUUCCUACUCCUUCACCAAUCUCUACAUUGGAGCGACAGCCACACGAAGAGCAGCAGCAACCUUCUUCUCACAUGUCCCUCUCGCCAGAAAGCGGCAAUUUUGAACAUCUUCUAACAAAAUUCAAAUCUCAGGGCUACCCUCCGUACGAUAACAAUGCCUACUAUUACCCUGGCCAAUAUGGCAUGCAGCCCAUGCCCAUGGUCCCCUCGUCUCCCCGAAAUACUUACGGAAUCCCCCAACAGCCUUAUAUGCCCGGCCACUACGCAGCUCAGCCACACCAGAUGCCACAGGGUGUACCAAUCGCCAGAUCUUCCUCUCAAUUGUCUGCUACUGACCGGCCCGGCAGUAGCCUGAGCCAGGUCCCUCCAGCUCCUGGCCCAGGCGGUCCAGGACACCACCACACAAAUAGCCGUAGUAACAACAAUGGAAGCCCCGUCAACCAGUCCCCGUUCGUCGUCCCAAAGAAGCAAAGCCCUCUGAUCAUCCGUGACCCCAGCAGCGGCUCCGUCGUAAAGCCGUCAAGCUCGCCUGCUCGUGGAUCCGCUUCUCCUGCUAAGCCGGGUGUGACGCCUACUUCCACCCCGCCGCCUCGCACCGCCAGCCGCGGAGAACCAGAUGCUACCGAUACCAAAUCCCAAACCGGAGAGGAGAAGAAGCAGAGCUUCCAGAAUGCUAUUGUUCAGAGUCUUCGGGAGAAGGAAGCUGCUGCUUCCAAGGCCGAGGAAAAGACUGCUGCCGAAAAACCCGCCCCCAAGCCAGAAGCGACCCCCGCCCCAGCUCCCGCUCCAACUCCAGCUCAAUCUGAAGCUCCAGCCCCAGAGCCAGCUCCAACUGCCACUACCACUCCGGCAAAGGAAGAAGAGAAGAAGGAGGAGAAGCCAGUCGUAAACGAACCCGCCAAGGCCGUUGAGGAGGACGAAAUUGAUUAUGAUGCUAUUGAGAGAGAGAUGGCUGAGAUUGAAGCCCGAGAAGCCGCCGCUGAAAAGGCCUACCAAGAGAAGAAGGCCAAGGAGAAGGCCGAAGCAGCUCUCAAGGAAAAAGAGAGAGCUGCCGCCGAGGAGGAGGCGCUCAAGAAAGCUGAGCGCGAAGCUGAGGCCGCCGAGGAAGCACGUAUCAAGAAACUCGAGUCCGGCGAGAACGAGGCAGACAGAAAGGAGCGCGAAUCUCUCUUUGCUUCGCUUAGAGGCAAAUCAGCUACCCCAGCAGAGAGCCCUGCUGUUGCUACUCCCGAGAGCGGCGCCGCAACCCCAGUCUCUGAUACCUCCAUGGGACCACCACAGAAACUUCUGGCCGGUGGUGUUGGAAAGCGUGAGAAACCUGCCUCGCUCAAGCUCGAGACAACCAAGCAGGUUGAACCACCACAGCCUAGUGCCGCCAUGAAAUCUCUGCACUCCGCCCGAUUCCUCGAAGAUCCAAGCAACGUCUGCUACCCACCCUCCAUUGUUUCUCCCAACCCAGCUCUUAACAGCAACGCCCCCGCAGACCGCAAGUUCAAAUACAACAAGGAAUUCUUGCUGCAGUUCCAGAACGUUUUCAAGGAGAAACCCUCCGUCGACUGGGAUGCCCGCGUCCGCGAGACUGUUGGUGAUGGAUCCGCUGAUUCUGCCCGUACCCCCGUACGCACUCCUGGCCCUCGAUCGGGUGCUAGCCGUGGCCCUGCCCAGGGCCCCAUGAUGGGCCACUUCAACCAACCUGUCCGGACACAAACACUACCCCCUGGCUCCGAUCGGUUCCCCGUCAUGAAUGCGCCCCGAGGCUCGUCCAAGGGUGGCAACCCAUUCGGCCAAUUCGGCCCUCUCAACCCCAUGGGUGCCCGAUCUGCUUCUGCUGCUGGUUCACAGCUUGGUGGCUCCCGUAACCCAAGCCACAGAGGUGCUCGCACUGGAAGCAGACAGCAGAAGAAGAAGGAAGAGGAAUUGAGCAAGACAAUGCCUCUGACUGCUAAUGCAGACAUCAAGCCUCUUAACACAUCCACCACCGGUUGGAAGCCACGCAGCAUAGGCCAGAAGGGACCCACCCUCGCUCCAGAUGGCCAUCUACCACCUGAUGUUGUACAGGGUAAGGUCAAGAGUAACUUGAACAAGAUGACACCCGAGAACUUCGACAAGAUAUCCGGCCAAAUUCUCGACAUUGUUGCUCAAUCCAAGGACGAAUCUGAUGGCCGCACCCUCCGACAAGUCAUCCAGCUCGCUUUUGAAAAGGCUACUGACGAAGCUCACUGGGCAUCCAUGUACGCCAAGUUCUGCAUGCGUAUGCACGAGAGCAUGAGCCCUGAAAUCAAGGACGAGAACAUCCGCGACCGCAACGGCACAAUAGUAGCUGGAGGCAGCCUGUUCCGCAAAUACCUACUUAAUCGCUGUCAAGAAGAGUUCGAGCGAGGCUGGAAGGUCAACAUGCCCGAGAAACCCGAGGGUGUCACCGAAGAAGUUGCCAUGAUGUCCGAUGAAUACUACAAGGCUGCGGCUGCCAAGCGACGUGGUCUGGGUCUAGUCAAGUUCAUUGGUGAGCUGUUCAAGCUGGGAAUGUUGACGGAACGAAUUAUGCAUGAUUGUGUUAAGAGACUGGUUGACUAUGACGGUGUACCUGAUGAGGCUGAGGUAGAGAGUUUGGCCAGUUUGUUGAGAACUAUUGGUGCUAGUUUGGAUAGCUCUGAGAAGGGCCAUGCGAUGAUGGAUGCAUACUUCGCCCGUAUCAAGUUGAUGAUGGAUACGACCGAAUUGCAAAGCAGACAUCGCUUCAUGCUUAUGGAUGUUAUUGAUUUACGGAAAGCCAACUGGAUAUCAAAGGAUGCUGACAAGGGCCCCAAGACUAUUGCUGAGAUCAGAGAAGAUGCCGCCCGCGCUCAACAAGAACAAGAAGCCGAAAGAGCCCGCCAACAAGCCAGCAGAGGCGGUGGCGGUGGUAGCGGCCGCAUGCACCUUGGCCGCGGUGACGCCCGUAACUUCAGCGGUUACGGCGCCCAAGUACCCCCACCAGAUUACUCCAACAAAGUCGGCAGCGAUGAUCUACGUCGUCUAAAGACAGGCAGAAGCACAAACCAGCCUGCUUCCUUCAGUCCAUCUGGCCUGCUUGGCUCGAGGAGCGGGAGCGGACGAAGAAACCUAGGACCUGGAGGAAAUCUUGUGCGAGGUGGCGAGGAUAGCGGCGCAAGCAGCCGGACUGGAACACCUCCAGCCGGAAAAGAGAAGAAAGAUGAGUCUUCUCAGAACGCAUUCGGGUGA